AUCCCAGUAACCAUGUCAACAACAUCUGUAGCAUGUGGGGAAACUUCCACUUCAAGACAUUCGAUGGAGACGUGUAUCAGUUCCCAGGCAUGUGCGAGUAUAACCUGGUGUCUGACUGCCAAAGCCUCAUUCGCCAGUUCUCAGUUCACGUGAAGAGAACAGAACACAGCACUGGCCCAAACAUCAGCAGGGUGUCGAUUACCAUCAAUGACAUUGGCGUUGAGUUGACCGAGAAACAGGUCGCAGUCAAUGGAGAAAAAGUAAUGCUGCCCGUGCAUGUCGCAGGGAUCCUUGUGGAAGAGAACGCAAUUUACAUCAGACUGUAUUCCAAAAUGGGCAUCACUGUCAUGUGGAACAAAGAGGAUGCCGUUAUG